AUGCAUCGACAGGCCCUGGAGCGUCUUUUGCUGGGCGCGUGCACAUGCCAACUGGCCAUCGCGUUCAUCUCAACCACGACUGGCGGCACUAUUUCCAUCGCUGGUUGGUGCAUUGUCUCUUUGCUGCUGGUUCUGCAUUCCCCACGACGCGAGCUCUCGCCGCUUUACUCGUCGCUCUGUGUGUGGGUCCUCUGUCCAGUGCUGUUCCCAAGAACUACGCCUGCUACCACCUCCGUCUGGCCGUUACAUCCCGCAUUUGACGCCUUCGGCUUCAUCUCUGUGGCUCUGGCUUGGGCCUCAUCGCUGCUCUUCCCCUGGCCAGACUUCUCCCAGCUACAUGGUCCCUAUCAGGGCAUCGGCUGUCGCUCGAGGCGCCUCGGUGGCGUCGAAUGCCGCGUCUUCUACCCGUCAACGGACAUCCCGCGGUCUGAUACUAAGAAGACCAGCCACUUGGUGCCGUAUUUACACCAUGGUCGCCACCUCAUGAAGGGACUUGGCGUUUUCUCCAAGAAGCCGGCUUGGCUCUUCCACAACAUGAGCAACGCGCAUCUCGCAGCUUUACAAGACGCUCCGGUGGCGUCGUCUCCAGCCGCUUCGAUCGGCUGGCCACUGGUUGUCUUUAGUCACGGACUAGCUGGGUCACUCGAGCUCUACUCGUACGUGAACCAGGAGCUCGCGAGCCAUGGAAACGUGGUCGUGGUGCUUAACCACUGCGACGGAUCGGCUUGCGUGUGCAGUCCGGAGCCUGGCCGCGUUGAGUACUACCAGCAGAUCACACCAGAAGUUCGAGACGACAUUAAUGGAGCAGGUUUUCGCUUCCGCAACGGGCAACUGCAGCAGCGCGUUAGUGAAGUACGUGCAGUACUGGAUGCGAUCAAGCAAGAAGCUACAGUAGACAGCGUCUUCAGUCGCUGCGAUCUUACCAGCGUGAGUGUUGCCGGACACUCGUUUGGGGCCGCUACAGCGCUCAGUGCUGCACACCAAGACGCGCGUUUCAAGAAGAUGGUGCUACUGGACGCAUGGAUGGAGCCGCUGGACCAUGCCCAAUUUCUCGGACAUUCCCGUGUUUUCGCCGACAAUUAA